AUGCAUGUGUUACAUGCGUAUAAACGAGUGCUUGAGAAGCCACAUACUGAAACUAGAGAAGCAGAAAUUUCCAUGCGUGAAAAUGCAUUUCAUGUUAAUACUGUCAGAUGUUUUCGUAUUAGAAGAUAUGAAUACAAAGGACUUAAUAAAUUAUGGAAAGGGAAGUUGUCAGAAGCAAAAGCUAGUGGAAAUCCUAUUAAGAUCCAAGAAGCUCAAGAUAUGGUGGUUCUUUAUGAUUCUCUUCAGCUGGCUCAUAAAUGUAUUUGGAAUAUGCGCAAAGGUGCAAGAUUGUAUUCAAUGGAAAUGGAUGGAGUUGUUACAUAUACUGGGUCAUUCCCGGAAAACUUUACCCUUAAAUUUAAAUACUCAAAGAAGAAGUUUACAAUCUCAUAUGCAUGUGUUAUACUCAAUGUUGAUGUGGCAAGAAACAACACAAAUGACCAAUACCAGACUCUCGAAGAUCCUAUCAACAGAACAUACAUAACACACAUUGAAUGCUCAAUUGAAUUUGAAGUGGAUGGACCAUAUAAGGCAAUGAUUCUCCCUACUUCUAAAGAAGAGGAUAAAUUGAUUAAAAAAAUAUGGGGUGAACUAAAGCUCAUUAAAGUUGUCCAAGCUGAGCUCUUUGACAAAUUCCUUCACGGGCCUGUUGCUUCCAAGCUUGCUGUUGAUACCCCUCUUCUUACUGGACAGCGCGUCCUUGAUGUCCUUUUCCCUUCGGUGCUUGGUGGCACAUGUGCCAUUCCUGGUGCAUUUGGCUGUGGGAAAACUGUUAUCAGUCAAGCUCUAUCCAAGGUUCUGAUGGACUUUCCUCAAUUGACAGUAGCAUUACCUGAUGGGCGUGAAGAGUCUGUUAUGAAACGUACAACACUUGUGGCCAACACCUCUAACAUGCCUGUUGCUGCUCGUGAGGCUUCAAUCUAUACAGGUAUCAGGACCAGUUUCAUUGCAGACAGAAUGGUUGGUGUUGCUAUGUAUGAACUUGUCAGUGUUGGACAUGCCAAUCUUAUUCGAGAGAUUAUUCAUUUGGAAGGAGAUUUUGCUACAAUCCAAGUUUAUGAAGAGACAGCUGGAUUGACUAUGAAUGAUCUUGUUUUAUGGACACACAAGCCUCUGUCAGUGGAGUUGGGUCCAGGAUUCUUGGGGAGCAUAUUUGAUGGGUACGGUGAUGAUUUUAUAAGCCAAGAACAAAACGAUGGAUCUUUUAAUGGGGAAGGUAGCAGCCACUUGAGAAAUGUAACCUACGAAGACAUCUCACAACAGAGCCCAAUUCAACAAGCCCAUGAUGAAGAAUACUCUGACUCAGUGGACCUAGCCCAAGAGAGUCCCCAUAACAGCCCAUUACCAUUGACAGAAGAAAACCCUACCACACCCAACAGCUCAACGGGUUCAAACACUACCUCAUCGGAAUCAACAGGAGGCGGAGCCCCAAAAAGAUACAGGAGGUUGUCAGACAUUUACAGACAGGAGGAUGAACUGUUACUUACAGCUGACCAUGAGGAACCAGAAUCAUACGCUCAAGCCAAGGGAGACCUUGUGACAGGUGGCGAUCUAUAUGUUACUGUAUUUAAGAAUAGUCUAGUGGAACAUCACAUUUCUUUACCUCCUGAUGCUAUGGGAAAGAUAACCUACGUUGCACUAGCUGGUCAUUAUUCAUUAAAGGACACUUACUUUGGAGCUUGA